CUCUCAGUGAUAGUAGGUUCCAACUUUGAUUCUGAACUUUAAAUGUUGCAGUAGUACAUGUAGUUUAGGUAAAGUAGCCCAUACGAAUCAUUGAGAUAUAUAAUAAGAACAGAACGUCAAACACUGUGUGUUAGUUUAUUGGGAUCUGGAUUCUGGUUUCCUGUGAUCGUAGAACUGAGUGAAGCAACAUCAAGGGUCUGUGCACUGUAUGGUGAUUGCGGGUCUGCACAUGUUAUUGUUUCGUGUUAAAACAUUUAAUUCAUAAUGAGGCGAAAUACGACUCGGUUACUGAAGUACUUAAUAGCUGCUGUGUUAUUAUUGAUGUUUGGACCAUUUGCUAUGAAGCAACUCUUUGGUAAUGAACCAAGUGCCAGAGCUCCAAGAGGAAAUCCAAAUGCCUUUUUACCUAAUGAUCCUGAUAUUAAAAUUAAGGACAUCCCGGAAGUGCCAGAUGUAAAUGAUGGUAAACCACGGGCAAUAGAUGUUGGUGUCAGUGAUGAACUAAAGAAAAUAGACUGGCAUAACUAUGCACAAAUAGCUGCUGAACAACAGAGAACAGGCCCUGGUGAGCAAGGCGCAGCUGUGAUUUUAACUGCUGAAGAAGAAAAACAAAAAGAUGCACUUUAUAAAGUAAAUGGCUUCAACGCUUUCUGCAGCGACAAGAUUGCCCUUGAUAGAGCAAUAAAAGAUAUAAGACAUCCUGAAUGCAAAAGUCAAAAGUAUUGGAACAAGCUGCCUAAUGCCAGUGUGGUCAUUCCUUUUCACAAUGAGCACUGGACGACAUUACUUCGUCUUGUUGUCAGUAUCCAGAACCGAUCUCCGCCAGGGAUGAUUCAUGAAGUCAUCCUCGCUGACGAUUUCAGCAACAAAGAGCAUUGUGGGAAACCGCUUGACGACUAUGUCAAUGAACAUUGGUCCAACGUGAAAGUUGUACGUGCAAAAAAGCGAGAGGGUCUCAUCAGAACGCGGCUGAUGGGUGCUAAAGUAGCAACGGGCGAUGUUCUUAUUUUUCUAGAUUCACAUUGUGAAGUUGGAAUCAACUGGUUGCCCCCUCUAUUGGAUCCCAUCCAGGAUGACUACAGAACAGUGGUUUGUCCAUUUAUAGACGUCAUAGACUUUGAGACAUUUGCCUACAGGGCGCAAGAUGAGGGUGCAAGGGGUGCAUUUGAUUGGGAGUUCUUUUAUAAAAGACUCCCUCUUUUACCUGAUGAUCUCAAGCAUCCAGCCAGACCAUUUAAGAGUCCAGUUAUGGCAGGGGGUCUCUUUGCAAUGCACCAGAGAUGGUUUUGGGAGUUAGGCGGCUAUGAUCCAGGGCUGGAUAUAUGGGGCGGGGAACAGUAUGAGCUGUCAUUCAAGCUAUGGCAAUGUGGUGGUACUAUGGUAGAUGCUCCCUGUUCCCGGAUUGGACACGUCUACAGGAAGUUUGCUCCAUUCCCCAACCCUGGUAUUGGUGAUUUUAUUGGAAGAAACUAUAAACGUGUGGCUGAAGUCUGGAUGGACGAGUAUAAAGAAUAUCUAUAUAAAAGAAGACCUCAUUAUAGAAACAUAGACACAGGUGAUAUAUCAGACCAGUUAGCUAUAAGACAGAAGCUUAACUGCAAACCAUUCAAGUGGUUCAUGGAAGAGGUUGCCUUUGAUCUGCCCAAACAUUAUCCACCAGUAGAACCACCACCAUAUGCUGAAGGCGAGGUGAAAAAUCUUGGUGCCAAUAUGUGCAUUGAUACUAGAUUCCGGGGCCAGCCAGAGAGGUUUGGCAUAGAGCCAUGCAUCAGUGAUGGCCCAGGUCAUGGGGGAGAGCAGAACCUGGAGCUGAGCUGGCACAAAGAUAUGCGUCCCAAAAAACGUAAUGUCUGUUUCGACGUAUCUACGUCUACUGUGAAAUCUCCUGUGAUUCUUUAUAGUUGCCAUGGAAUGAAAGGCAACCAGUUUUUUAAAUAUAAUAUUAAUACUAAACAAUUAUUUCAUCCAGUUUCCCGGCAGUGUCUGGACGCUGAUGCAGGUAGUAAAGAAGUAUUUAUGAACCCAUGUGAUGACAAUAGCAAAACGCAGCAAUGGACAUUUCAAACUAUAAACACCGCGGAGGUUCGGCAACUCUGGAAGGAGCCAAUCAACUCAUAGCUGCUGUGAAAAAUCACGGUUAAAAUGUCUCCAUGGUCGUGUUUCAAAAUGCAAAUUAUUUGUAGUCGGAAAUUAAAUAAAAAAAAUGAAAGGAGUAAAAAGCACAAUUCAAAUAUUUGAGAUGUUUUUUGUAUAAAAGGCAUGAACAGAGUGGCAUUUUAACAAAGGUGGAUUUAUAGACUGUGAUCUUACUCAUUGUUGAUGCAAAACAGAAUCGUUCCAAAAUGUAUCACAUACAGGGUGUGCCAGAAACAUGGUGACACAAAGUAUUUUUUCAGAUCGAUUUAAGAGUAUUGUGGCACAGACAAUCAGGAGAAGUCAAUGAAGUUCAUGUAAUUCUAAAUAGCUAUAUUGAAGUAGAUUUAUGAAUUGUACUUAAUAAGGUAUUUUUAGAUUUCAAAAUUUUUUCCACUGACAUUUUUGUCAUUUUCUAACUUUUGUUACAUUAUUUCUGGAACACCUUGUAAAUUGUUAUAUUGAAAUCCAUAUAAGAGUUUUCACUAUGCACAAGUCAAUACAUCUACAAUAAACAUAAUAAUUAAUCAAAGCUCACCUAUUAGAAGUAAAGGAUUUUCAUUAGUUAAAUUAAUAGUAAUCCUUCAUGUCAGUAUACUG